CCAACAACAACAACAACAAUCAGUUCAAAACAUCACUUGUGUGUGUUACAAAGGGGAUCCUGAGUCACAGUUUUUUUGGAACGUGGAAAGGGUUCGGGGAGCCCUGGUGCUCCCUGGUGGGUAGAAAAUGAAUGACUCUUGCCUGGACACGGCUGCCGCCGAAGCCCUGAGGCAGUACGAGCACCAGAUGUACGCCGUCAUCUACUCCAUCAUCCUGCUGCCGGGUCUGAUCGGCAACGUGCUGGCGCUCUGGGUCUUCCACGCCUACGUGAAGGAGACCAAGAAGGCGGUGAUCUUCAUGAUCAACCUGGCGGUGGCCGACCUGCUCCAGGUGCUCUCCCUGCCGCUCCGCAUCUACUACUACCUGAACAACAGCUGGCCGUUCGGCCGCGGCCUCUGCAUGUUCUUCUUCUACCUGAAGUACGUCAACAUGUACGCCAGCAUCUUCUUCCUGGCGUGCAUCAGCGUCCGCCGCUGCAUGAUGGUCCUGCAUCCGCUGAGCUACACGGCGUGCCGGCGGCGGCUGGACCGCGGCCUGUGCGCGGGCGCCUGGCUCCUCGUUUGCCUGUGCUGCCUGCCGUUCCCGCUGAUACGGGGCGGCGGAGUAAACACGAAGGACUGCUUCGCCGAGCUGCCCAUGGUGGACCUGGCGCCGCGGACGGGGCUGGGACUGCUGGUGGCGGCCGAGCUGUUAGGCUUCCUGCUGCCGUUUGGCAUCGUGGGCACCUGCACGUGGCUGACGGCGGGCAGUCUGCGGGCGGGGCCGGCGCGCGUGCCGCAGGACCGCGGCGAGAAGCGGCGGGCGCUGCGCAUGGUGCUGGGCUGCGCCGGCGUCUUCCUGCUCUGCUUCCUGCCCUACCACGUCACCUUCCCCUUGCACUACGCCGCCAAGGCCAAGGCACAGUGGCAGACCAGCUGCCAGUUCGCCAUCUCCAUCCGCCACAUCCACCCGGCCACGCUCUGCCUGGCCAGCCUCAACUGCUGCCUGGACCCCGUCAUGUACUACUUCACCACCGAGGAGUUCCGGCGGCGGCUCUCGCGUCAGGACCUGUCGGACACCUUACACCUGCAGCAGCGGAGGAUCUCCUGCAUGACCACGGAUGAUAAGAACCACAACUCGGAACAAGCACCACUGUGAACAGCCCGGCAAAACUCGUGGGCUGAGGGCAUAUUCUGAAGUCUUUGUUUGACUGCAGCAGUGGGUAGACCAACCCAAUCACAUCAAACAAACUAAGGUUGUUUUGGGAGACUGGUUGUGCUAGGCCCCUGCUGGACUGGUGCAGCCUGGUCUCACCACACCCUCGUACAAGGAGGGAAAUGGGAAUCGAGUGGAUGCUUAUGGAUGGCAAGGCCAGGCUGGCAUUGGGGUGGGGCAAUGGACCUGGCAAGGAAUGGCUGAGAUGUUGGUACGUAAACCUUCUGGCUGAGUAAAGUCUCAGACUGGAGAAACUAACGUGUUGGAGUUAAGGUUGCACUUAAGAACAGAGACAAGAGACUGGCAGUGUUGUUGACGAAACUGUCUGGAGAUCAGAAAAAUAACCUGUGGAACAUUCACAUGACUGACCAAAGAUAGGCUGACCUUUCACCAAAAGGAACACCUGACCACUAGCUAAUGUGAAGUUGUCUUUAUGGUUUUCAGAAAUGUUUUUAAAAAAAUGUGAGUGCAGUGAGGCAUGACUGCCAUAAAUCUGAAAUACUGUGAUGGAAGACAGGUUGACAGGGGACUGAAGAGUAACAACAAAGAUCAAAAAGAGGCCUCCAGGAUAGACACUGUUGUGUGCAGGGGAUGUAAUUACAGUAUACAGCAUACCAUUAUGAGUACAUUCCCUUUAAGGUGCACUGUGUAUGAUGGUGGCAACUAUACUGCUCAUUGAAACUGUGCUGCAUUCUGCCAAAUUUGAUCGUUUCAUUAUAUGUAAGUAACAAUUAAUUAACAAAUACUUACCAGUAUGACCAAAGUACAGUAAGUUUUGCAGCUAAAAAUGUCUAUUUCUGGACAUUUGAAAUGGCAGACAUG